AGGCAGUGGUUUUGUGUUUUUACUUGAAUAUAAUCUUGGCUUUUCUAUUCCUAUUUUUCAAGUGAGAUGCUCUCUCUACGAACUGUUAGUUGUGUCCGUAAUAUAGCAAGAUGCGUUUUCCCAGUGAUUCAAAAAAGUGUUACGGGGAAAUUGCAUUCAGCCAGCGUAUUAGCAUGCAGCAGAGUGAACAACCAAAAAGCAGCGAUGGAUGCAACAGAACCAGCUCGCCGACACACGACCUAUGGCCAGCCGGUACAGCACACUCAUCCACAUUUAAUCAGUCCUGGCGAAGUAAUACCGGGAAUUUGUCUGGAAGAGAUUCAAGCUAGACGGCGGAUGCUGCUGUUUUCGAUGAAAGAGUUCUGUGCCAAAAACGUAGACAAGAGCAUCAAAAACCAUAUCGUUAUCAUCCCGGCUGCGAACAAAAAGUACAUGAGCCACAAGAUCCCGUACGUGUUUCGGCAAAAUACGGACUUCCUUUAUUUGAGCGGCUGCCAGGAACCGGACAGCGUGCUCGUUAUGGAGAUCGAUGGGGAGGAUUACUGCAAGAGUACACUGUUUGUGCGCCCGAAAGACAAGCAUGCGGAGCUCUGGGACGGGCCCCGAACCGGAGUGCAGGCUGCGGCCGAUAUCUUCGGCAUGGAGCAGUCGUACGAUGUGGCCUUACUGAAGGAGUAUUUAAUGAAGUACAGUUUCGCCCAUCCAAAUGCCAUCACUUGGUUCGACGAGAAGGCGUCCGACCUGGAAGAUGUGUCGAAAAUCGUCGCGGGCGUAACACACAAUCACAUGCGAUCACCGAUCGAGUUCGUCCACAACAUUCGCGUGAUCAAGUCGCCAAGCGAGUGUGAGCUGAUGCGCAAAACGUGUGAGAUUGCCUCCAGUGCCAUUAACCGGACGAUGGCCGAAAGCUAUCCGGGCAUCGGCGAGCACCAUGUGUUCGCCACCGUGGACUACUGCACGCGAAUGAGCGGGGCGAAUUUUCUCGCCUAUCCGCCGGUGGUAGCUGGUGGAACGAACGCAACAAUCAUCCACUACGUAAACAACAACCAGAUAGUGAGAGGUGGCGAGAUGAUUCUGCUGGACGCUGGAUGCGAGUAUCAUGGUUAUACGAGCGACAUCACCCGUACCUGGCCGGUCGAUGGCAAAUUCACCGACCCGCAGCGUGUGCUCUACGAGGUGCUCCAGCAGGUGCAGCUGGAACUUAUCGGCUGUCUCCAGCAUGCCGGUGGUGAAACACUUGACCAGCUGUUCGAUACCAUGUGCACCAAGAUCGGGAAAUAUCUCCAGGAAGUCAAGCUCAUACCAGCGACCUGCAGCGGCCUAGAACUGUCCCGUGCUGCCUACAAAUUCUGCCCCCAUCAUGUUUCGCACUACCUAGGCAUGGACGUUCACGACACGCCGUUGGUUUCCCGGAGCAUACGGUUGCGACCCGGAAUGAUCUGCACGGUGGAGCCGGGAAUUUACAUCUCACACGAAAGAACAGACGUCCCGCCGGAGUUCCGAGGACUUGGUCUGCGAAUAGAGGACGACGUGCUCAUACGGCCGGACAAACAGGUGGAAGUUCUUACCAAAACGUGCAUCAAAGACCGUCAGCUUUUGGAGGAAAUGCUGUCCAACCGGCACUCGACGGUCAACGCAACUGUCGAUAAACAGUAGCACCGGAUAUUUUAACGUUAAGCUCAGUUGACCUCAAGAAAAACGAAACAGCUUUAACUACUGAUCCACGUUAGUUAACGUUUUGUUAUUGUCAGUCAUCAUUGCGUGAAAAUAUAUUUAUAACAGGACAUUUAUAUUUUAGAGUUUCUUCUGAGCACAUAUUCCGAUGUUUUUCGACGAAAAGCUUCGAAGAAAAUGUGGCCUUAAUUAAUCUCCUUAUAGUUGGGUAUAUCUUACAAAAUUGAACGUUCAGGAGGACAUGUAGCCCUCCGUUUCUAUCUUUGGGCCUUAAAAUAUGAAUAUAUUGCUGUGAAUAUAUUCAGAAUCAUGUUAGGGAAAUAAAACAGCCUGUUAGUUCUGUAAAUUUGUACAGUUUGCAUUUUUAAUCAAUUAUUUUAACUGUUAUGUAUGCGCAACAGUUGGUUUCUUAAUUGUGGAACAGUCUAUUUUACCAGUGACAUGCCAAAUCGUUAGUAUGAAGACCAAUAGAUAGUUAUUUCUAUUUAGGUUAUCAUUUCAAAAACCUAGUUCGCAAUUCUAUCUGCAAUUGAAUUUGGUUUAGGUGUUUAAAAUUGAUUUCUUACUCACCGCCCGUUGUUUUUUGUAUCGAAUUAGUAUAUUCUAAUAAAAUUUGGAGCUGUACGGCUCGAAAAGCAACAACAUUUGGAAUUACAUUGAGCACUAAUAAAACUACACCAAAGUUUCUUAAAGAUGCUUGUUUUACAUUGUUUCAAAAACAAAAUGUUUCAACAGUUGGGAAAAUAUGUUGAUUGAAGGAAGUAGGCGUGUAUUCCGUAGAGCGAGAAGGAUUCGGUAAGCCAAACUAAAAUCAAUGUUCGAUUGGAUUCUCAACUAUCUAGCUUUAAUAGACACACGAAACAUAGAAAAAAAAUAUGUGAAAUAAAAAUAUCAGAUUAUUUGUAAUAGAUUUUAUUUAGUAGUGAUAAGAGUGUACAAUAAAAAUUACCCCAUAUUGUUCUUGGCCAA